AUGGCCGUGCACCCAGAGCACCAAAAGCGAGGACUGGGGGAUGCUAUUGUGAAGGAAUUGCUUCGAAAAAUUAAACAGGAGGCCCCGCAAGAUGGAAAACCUUAUAUAUCCUUGCUUGCCGAUGGACCUGGACGGCGAUUGUAUGAGAAGAAUGGUUUCGUGGAGACUGCACCAUCAUCGAUUGGCAUGGUCCUUGAAUGA